AUUUUCCCUCCAUUCUCAUCCCCAUUCCUCCCUCCCAAAUUUUCUGCAAAAUCAAUCUUGUCCUUCCCUCGGAAGAAGAAGAAUUUCAACUUCUUAAUAUGGCGAAUUAUUAUGAUAUUGAUGAUGUUUUAGCUGAAGAGGAGAUUUUACCAGCUGUAUUCCAGCAGGCAGCGGACUGUUUCGGGCUACUUGAUUCUAGUGAUGAUACAAAUGAGGUUGAAGCCGGUGCGAAAGUAGAAUUACCAUUUUGGCUAGCUCGUGAUUUACAUGUGAGAGGAGUGGUAGCCGUCGACGUUCCGCCGUACUUCAGAAAAGUUUCUAGAACACGCAAGGAAAUUGAGGCUGAUGCUGCACAUGUGGAUCUAAGAGGUCGAUGCCAGUAUUUCUAUGAACUAGGACUCAAAAUAGCACCACUGGUUGGUGACAAAACCAUUGGACCUUUCCUCCUAGUUGCAUUUCAGACCAGAUACAAGGAGGUUCUUGUAAAGGCACAUACUGCUGCAUCUGCAGUGGCUCCCAAGCACUUAACACUGCUAACAAAUGAAGAGGCCAAAUUAUAUGAGGCUGGUCAAUUGUCCACUGCGGCAUUCAAGAAGUGGCGGAUGGGUGGACCAAGAUUGCAAAGAGCUCCUGUUCUUGGUAGGAAGAGGAAACCAAUAGAAUAGGUGACCUUUGUUAUCUUUGUUAAUGGAUGUCACAGUGUGUGAGCUCUCCAUUUCAUGUUCUUUGGUAGGGCAGAUGUCAUGGAGAAUAUGUAGUUUAUGCUGUUUUAUCCUAUGCAAGAAAUUCUUGAAGGAACCAAAACAGCUGAAUACAAUUUUCAAUCAUGUUCUUGGUUAUAUUAGUGGUUAUUUG